AGGGAGGGAUGAGAGGGAGGCGCAGAGAAGAGGAGAGAACAGUUCAGCCAGGACAGCAGGGCGCACGGGACAUCAGCACACCGGCCGGGUCAAGGAACUGCAAGGAUGGAGAUCCGACCAGACAGGUUUAAGGCAGCCGCAGGAAAAACUUUGGGGAAAAUUCACAGGCUGAUUGAGAAACGCCAGCCCAAUGGGGAAACGAUUGAGUUAUCAGCAGAAGGCCGACCUGAGCUGGUGGAGGAGAAGGAGCUGCCCGUGGUAGACUGUACCUGCUGUGGCCUGCCCAGGCGCUACAUUAUCGCCAUCCUGUCUGGCCUGGGAUUCUGCAUCUCUUUCGGUAUCAGGUGUAACCUGGGUGUGGCCAUCGUAAGCAUGGUCAAUGACCAUACUGUCUACAAAGGCAACAAGGAAGUACUUGUGGCUGCUCAGUUCACCUGGGAUCCGGAGACGGUGGGAAUGAUCCAUGGCUCCUUCUUCUGGGGCUACAUAGUCACACAAAUCCCGGGUGGAUUUAUAUGUCGAAAAUUUGCAGCCAACAGAGUGUUUGGCUUUGCCAUAGUGGCCACAUCCACACUCAACAUGCUGAUUCCAUCAGCGGCUCGCACUCAUUACAGCUGUGUCAUACUUGUGAGGAUAUGCCAAGGCCUUGUUGAGGGUGUAUCGUAUCCAGCCUGCCACGGGAUCUGGGCCAAGUGGGCGCCUCCUCUUGAGAGAAGUCGAUUAGCCACAACAGCCUUUUGUGGAUCCUAUGCAGGGGCAGUAGUGGCUAUGCCUUUAGCUGGGAUACUGGUGCAAUACAUUGGGUGGUCUUCUGUAUUUUAUGUCUAUGGCAGUUUUGGAAUAUUUUGGUAUUUGUUCUGGAUUCUGGUGUCGUAUGAGAGCCCCGCAGCCCAUCCCACCAUCACACCUGAAGAAAGGAAAUACAUCGAAGAUGCAAUUGGAGAGUCUGCAUCGUUUCUCAAUCCUCUCCACAAAUUUAAAACCCCAUGGAAACACUUCUUCACCUCCAUGCCAGUCUAUGCCAUUAUUGUGGCCAACUUCUGCAGGAGCUGGACUUUCUACUUGCUGCUUAUUAGCCAGCCUGCUUACUUUGAAGAAGUCUUUGGCUUUGAAAUCAGUAAGGUGGGAAUCGUGUCAGCUUUGCCCCAUCUGGUGAUGACGAUCAUCGUGCCUAUUGGAGGCCAGCUGGCGGAUUACCUGAGAACUCACAACCUCAUGACCACCACUAACGUCAGGAAGCUCAUGAACUGUGGAGGUUUUGGGAUGGAGGCCACCCUCCUGCUGGUGGUGGGAUUUUCUCACACAAAGGGUGUUGCCAUCUCUUUCUUGGUCCUCGCUGUAGGGUUCAGCGGUUUUGCUAUCUCAGGGUUUAACGUCAAUCAUUUGGAUAUUGCACCUCGAUAUGCCAGCAUACUGAUGGGCAUUUCAAACGGAGUGGGAACAUUAUCAGGAAUGGUGUGUCCUCUCAUAGUGGGGGCAAUGACCAAACACAAGACACGUGAUGAGUGGAAGUAUGUCUUCCUUAUAGCAUCUAUGGUUCAUUAUGGAGGAGUGAUUUUCUAUGGACUUUUUGCGUCAGGAGAAAAGCAGCCAUGGGCAGACAUAGAGGACACAAGCGAGGAGAAGUGUGGUAUAAUCAAUGAGGAUGAACUGGCCAAUGAGACGGAGGAGAUGUACAGCGGAGGAGGGCAGUACGGAGCCAUGAACCAGCAGGCGGUUGGUUCAAACGGAGGAGGUGGAGGAGCAGGGGCAGGAUGGGUGUCAGACUGGGAUAAGUCUGAGGAGUAUGUGCAGCCACCGGGAUACAACUCUUACAUGUAUGGGGGAGAGAAGGAGAAGGAGCUGACAUAGAAGACUGAAGUCACACAAUAAAAAAAAAAAAAGAUGAAGUAAUGAGAUAAAUAAAAAUAAAGAAGAUUGUUUUUGGAAAGGAUUGUGAGAGUCACUGCUGUACUGACAAGACCUGCUGUGUGCUUUUAUACACUAAUCACACAUGCAUAUAUUAAUGCAUAUGUUUUGUCUCCGUGUGAGUGUGCAUGUGAGUGUGUGUUGUUUGUGGAGAAACAGAUGAGUAAUCAAUAGACAUACAUGAACACGUACCCCGACUUCCUUCUUGCUCCAGAGUGCAACGUGAUUGGUCGAGGUUUCUGCUUCCUCAGUGUUGGUGAGGAGUGAGGGGGAGGUCCUUCUGCAUGCACAGCAGUUUUUACUCAAGCCACUGGCAUUAAAUUGCAUUUAAUUUUUUACGCAAGAUUUUUAUUUAUUUAUUGUGGGAUAUCUCCUCAGAAACACUUUAGAGCCCAAAACCGUGUCUGCAUCAUGAGGUAGGGAAAAAAGAGUAAGGUCACUGCCUUUGAGGCGUUCAAAUCAAAUAGAAAACACACUGAUCACAUGAUAAAUUCUAAAAAGAAAGAAACCAAAUGUAUUUCUAGGAGUUACGUUGAUUUUGGUCAAACUUGCCUGGAACAAGAUGACAGGCCAUUGGCGUUGGUUCAUUUCGUUAUCGGUCAUGUCCUGUUUGAGAGGAAAAUAAGGUGCUUUGGUAAACCCUGCACAAACAGGCUCCUUGCGUGUGUGCAUGAACAAUGGCGUGAGCUUGACUUUAUGCACAAAGCUGCCUGUGGUGUCUGGCUGAUGGGCCACAACACAGUAUUCAUCUGACACUUUCCAUGAGUUUCCAUUUGGUGUGCUUGCUCCCAUUAGAGGUGGCCCCGGAUGGCAAGUAGAGUGUGAUUGUUGCUUUUACUGCUGCACUGCUUAACCAGCACAGAAAAAAAUAGACCAAAUACUCUUAGGCCUCAAAGCACAAGCUCUUUUUGCUUCUAUCUGCAUUCAUACAUUGGCCGCUCUUGGUUUUCAUCUCCAUCAACAUCCUUGGUAACUAAAUGUCAACCACAUGUGUGUUGCUGGGUCAGUUUUUCAGACUGUGCGUACGGGUGUGUGUAUGUGUGACAUCAAGUGUGUUGUCGUGAUGGGUGCAGGUGCUAAAACCUAAGUGCAGUGACCAUGUAAUGAUGAGCACAGUUGUGCAGUAGCCAGCCAGUCCUCUUUCUUUUAAUCACAACACACAAAGAAAUUCAUGCAAGGACGCCAGUGUGGAGAGAAUGGUGACACACUUUUUGAUGUUCAUUGGAAGAUGGAGCCCAUGGCCACACAUGGAUGAGGUAUAUGAAAAAUAUAGGAGGUAUAAGAACAUCAAACACUAUGUGAGAAUGUGUUUAAUUUGGUUGAUUACAAAGCUCAUCUCACCCCCUAAAAAAGCAGCACCUUCUCCAUAUUGUGACAGUGACAGAUAAAUAAUGAAGCGCUCCAAUCCUUAGAUAGUACAUAGAGUAGCUAGACUAAAGAAAACACAUCCGUAUGUACAUACACACACUCACACAUACAACUCCUGUAAACAUCUUGUAAAGAUCUUGAAAUUGAGGGUUAUGGCGACACAUAAUCAUUUCUUUUUAAGUCUGAAAGUACACCUCUAGGUGGCUCUUUUUCAAAUCCCAUUUGUGAGAAAAAAGAAUGUUAAAAGGGAUACAUUUGACACAAAUACAGGUAUAAUGGUAAAAUAUGUUGAACAUUUGUCAAUUAAUGUUUUUAAAGGAAGAAUGCCAAAUUAUCAUUUUGUUUUGACUAUACCGUUGUUGGGACAUGAAUGAUUAUUCCUGUGAACAAUUUUAUUUCUAAGUGUUGUAUCAGUGUAUCUUUAAUCAAGCUUCUUCUUUGUCUCAGUUUAUGGCUGUUCCAAUGUUGUCAUUGCCCCUCAUGAUGAAAUGUGUGGUUUACUGGUGGGAAUCAGUAUAAAAAGGAAAAAAAAAAAGGGUAACGUUUUAUGUAAAAAAUGUACAUGUGAAAUAACCUAGUGUAAAAUAAAGAUUUAAGCAAUUUAAGACCAUGUCAAUGUUUCAGCACAAUCAUGCCACCAGGAUUUGAAUUCAUACUUUGAGGCCUACUAUAUUGUGACACAUUAAAUAAUGUUUUCUAUGACGAGCACAAUGUAUUUCUCUGCCAUUCUCUAAGGACAGAUGGAUGCAGGAUUAUCUCUGUGAUUUUAG